UCCCCGCUUUUGCGACGGGAAGACGGCCUGAGAGUCCCGGGGAGGCCGGCGCAGGGAGCUGAUUCCGACGGACGUCUCGGGUUGAGGGCUGCCUUCCCCGGCCUCAGCCCUUCCAGAGGACCCAGAAGGGGGCCCAAGUGGCCAGCGCCUCCCCACUAUGCCGCAGCGGCCGGUGACGUUCGGGGACGUGUCUGUGGACUUCAGCCGGGAGGAGUGGCGGCGCCUGAGCCCGGCCCAGAGGCUGCUCUACCGGGACGUGAUGCUCGAGAACUUCGGGAACCUGGUCCUCCUGGGCCUGGCCGUGUCGAAACCGGAGCUGAUCCGCCGCCUCGAGAGGGGAGAAGCCCCCUGGCCACCCGGGCGCCGGGCCACGGGUCCAGGUGCCCAUAGUCAGGAGACAAGGUGGGAUGGUGACAUCUUAACUUCAAAGCAGGGCAUUUGUGUAGGAGCACCUUCUAAGGAAAGAAUGGACAAGAACUGGUAUUCCAAGAUGGGAGAAACUUGGGAGGAUGACAGCAGGUCAGGGAGACAGAAGUGCAACCAGGAGAGACAGUCUAAACAAGUAACAGGCAAUAACAGAAAACCGUUUAACAAGGUGAGUAUGCCUGAAGGUAAUACACUUGGAAGAAGUUUGAAUCUGGGCCCAGUCUUUGUUACUCAACAGAGAAGUCCUACAGGGAAGAGUCUCCAAAAUUCUUCACUGGCAAAGAGCAUCAAACAGAUUUCAGAACUAUUUAAAUGUAAUAGAAUCCCCCUUGGGAAAAUGCUUUGUAAGUAUAAUAAAUUCGGGAAGUCCUUCAGUUAUCAUUCUGAUCUCGUUCAGUUUCAUAGACAGUAUACUGGUGAAAAGCUAUAUGAACGUAACGAACAUGGGAAAGCCUUCGGCAAAAGGUCAUAUCGCACUCAGCGUCAAAAAAUUCGCAGUAGAGAGAAACGUUACAUAUGUAAUGAAUGUGGGAAAGCCUUUAGUCAGUGGGGAAGUCUUAUUGAUCAUCUAAGAAUUCAUACUGGAGAGAAACCUUUUCAGUGUAACGAAUGUAAGAAGACCUUCAGCCAGAGGGGAACUCUUAUCAGACAUCAUAGAAUUCAUACUGGAGAGAAGCCCUUUGAAUGUCACGAAUGUGGGAAGGCCUUUGGCAACAAUUCCUGCCUUAUACUGCAUCAGAGAAUUCAUACUGGAGAGAAGCCUUAUAUAUGCAAUGAAUGUGGAAAAGCCUUCAGUGGGCGGCAAAACAUGAUCCAUCAUCAGAGAAUUCACACAGGAAAGAAACCAUAUCAGUGUAAAGAAUGUGGAAAGGACUUUAGACACAGGGCAUCCUUCGUUUGUCAUCAGAGAAUGCAUACCGGAGAAAAGCCUUUUCACUGUAAUGAAUGUGGGAAGGCAUUUAGGAGGAAGGAAAACCUUACAGCUCAUAGGAGAAUUCAUACUGGAGAGAAGCCCUUUGAAUGUAAUGAAUGUGGGAAAACUUUCAGCAACAAUUCUUGCCUUACUUUACAUCAAAGAAUUCACACCGGAGAGAAGCCUUAUAAAUGUAACGAUUGUGGGAAAGACUUUAGGCAGAAAUCAUACCUUUCUCUCCAUCAGAGAAUUCACACUGGGGAAAAACCUUAUCAUUGUAAUGAAUGUGGAAAAGCUUUCAUUGGGAGGGGACAACUCAAUACACAUAAAAGAAUUCAUACUGGAGAGAAACCCUUUGAGUGCAAUGACUGUGGGAAGGCCUUCAGCCGAAAGGAACAUCUUACUGCCCAUGAGAGGACUCACACUGGGGAGAAACCCUAUCAGUGUAAAGAAUGUGGGAAGACCUUUAGCCAGAACUCACACCUUACAGUACAUCAGAAAACUCACACUGGAGAGAAACCAUUUUUGUGUAACGAUUGUGGAAAAGGAUUCAGCUAUAGGACCUCCCUUAUUUCACAUCAGAGAAUUCAUACUGGAGAGAAGCCCUUUGAGUGUAGUGUAUGUGGAAAAAACUUUAGUCAUAGACCGUCACUUAUUAAACAUCAGAUAAUUCAUACUGGAGAGAAACCUUUUGAUUGUCUUAAAUGUGGGAAAAACUUUACCCACAGAUCAUCAUUUAUUAAACAUCAAAGAAUUCAUAAUGGAGAGAAACCCUACUAGAAUGAAUGAACAAAAACUUUUAACCAGAGAGGAAAAUGAUUUUAAUGCUGAAGAAGCAGCUUCUGAUUAUGGAAUGUGAAAGCCUUUGGCAUGGUUCUUGCCUCCUUAGAGACUUCAGAGAGAGAAAGGAGAGAGGCAGCCUGAUAUGUAGAGUCAGGAAGACCUCAGUUCAAGUCCUGUCUCUCAACAUUUUCUAAUCAUGUGACCCUGAAAAAAAUCAAAAUCAGCCUCAGUUUCCAAAUCUGUAAAAUGGAGAUGAUUGCGCCUACCUCGCAAGAUUGUUGUGAGGAUAAAAAGAGAUAAUAUAUGUAAAGCACUUUGCAGUCCUUAAAGCACUAUGUAACUGUGCUGUUAAUUUGAUCCCGGUUUAGAAACUACAGAAAAGUCAAGACUGGGCAAAGCCUUUUUCCUGAUUUGGUAUCCUACUACACAUCAGAGAAUUCAUCCUGGUGAAAACAAUUCCCUAACUUUACUGAACGAGGAAUAGUCUUUUUUUUUUUUAAUUAAAGUUUUAUUUUUGUUUAAUUUACAGAAAUCUGUUUUCUUUCCCUCUCAUCCCUCCACCUCAUCAGGGCAAAAAAGGAAAAAAAAAUUCCUUGAAACAGAUAUGCCAAAUCAAACAGAACAAAAUCUCCCUUUGCCUGCUAAAAAAUGUGUCUCAUUCUGCACUCUGAAUCCAUUCUCCCCACCUCCAAUAGAAGGCAGAUAGCA